CACAGAACAACGUCCCCGCAGUUCUUGGUUGCUUUUUCUGCUGAGCAAGCAAAAGGUUAUUUCAGUUACAGUUAGGUUUGCCGCAGCUUUGUUUCUCCGGGUCCUUGUGUGUCUAAAGUAUUGCAACUCCAUUCCAUAAACCUCGUCAUGGGACAGUGUUACCCUAAGUUCUUGCAGAAUCAAAAUGACGGAGGAGAUUCUGAUCACCAUGUUGAAUUUGCGGGUGGGAACGUACACCUCAUUACUACCAAAGAAAGCUGGGAUCAGAAGCUGUCAGAAGCAAAUAAAGAUGGCAAGAUUGUUCUUGCGAAUUUCAGUGCUACUUGGUGUGGUCCUUGUAAGAUAAUGGCACCAUUCUAUUCGGAAUUGUCCGAGAAACAUCCUUCUAUCAUGUUUCUGUUGGUUGAUGUGGAUGAGCUAACUGAGAUGAGCACAUCAUGGGAUAUUAAAGCCACCCCAACUUUCUUCUUCCUCAGAGAUGGCCAGCAAAUCGAAAAGCUAGUGGGUGCCAAUAAGCCUGAGCUUCAGAAGAAGAUCACUGCAAUCCUUGAUUCAGCCAACCCUCGUUAGACAUGGAUUUGUAAUCAGUGUGUGCAUGUGUGUGUGUUUGGGAUCCUGUUCUUCAGCAGAUGCAAGUUGACCCUUUUCUUUUGCUUUCUCUUGUUGUGAUUAUUCUGACUCCCACUUCGCUUGGGAUGUGUAUACAUGACUGCAUGAGUUUGUGGAAAAAUGUUUGUAUUAUCUUCGACUCGUUCUGGUAUAAAAGGUGUCUAGUUCUCCGGUUGCGUCUAUUCUUCUCCCA